AGCUGCAGAUGUGGCGGAGCGGCCGGGCGCUGGGCGGCCGUGCCUGGGGAGCCCGCGCCCCGUGAGCCUCGCGCCCCGGCCCCUCCCCCGCUCGCUCCCAGGCGCCCCCCGACCGCCGGAGCCCGCAGCCGGGAGCGCGACCGCCCCCGCCGCCGAGGUUCCUGCCUGAACACCAGCUUGGGAGCUCCCCUCUGCUUGCUGCCUCCUCCAGCCCCAGCCCCCUCACCAUGCACUCCUUGGACGAGCCGCUUGACCUGAAGCUGAGCAUCACCAAGCUCCGGGCGGCGAGAGAAAAGCGGGAGCGGACACUCAGUGUGACCCGGCACCAAGUCCUGCACAGGGAACUGGGCCUGGUGGACAGCAGCCCCACCCCGGGCUCUCCAGGCUCCCCCCCCUCAGGCUUCCUGCUGAACCCCAAGUUCCCUGAGAAGGUGGAGGGUCGCUUUUCGGCAGCCCCUCUGGUGGACCUCAGCUUGUCACCACCAUCUGGGCUGGACUCCCCCAACGGCAGCAGCUCAUUGUCCCCUGAGCGCCAGGGCAGUGGAGACCUCCCUGCAGUGCCCACCAUCCCGGACUUCCAGCCACUGCGCUACCUGGACGGCGUCCCCAGCUCCUUCCAGUUCUUCCUGCCUCUGGGCUCUGGGGGGGCCCUGCACCUGCCUGCCCCCUCCUUCCUCACCCCCACCAAGGACAAGCGCCUCUCGCCAGAGCCACUCCUGCCCAAGCAGCUGGUGUGUCGCUGGGCCAAGUGCAACCAGCUCUUUGAACUCCUGCAAGACCUGGUGGACCACGUCAACGACUACCACGUCAAGCCUGAGAAGGACGCAGGGUACUGCUGCCACUGGGAGGGCUGUGCGCGCCACGGCCGUGGCUUCAAUGCCAGGUACAAGAUGCUCAUCCACAUCCGCACGCACACCAACGAGAAGCCGCACCGCUGCCCCACCUGCAGUAAGAGUUUCUCCCGCCUGGAGAACCUGAAGAUCCACAACAGGUCACACACAGGUGAGAAGCCCUACGUCUGCCCCUAUGAGGGCUGCAACAAGCGCUACUCCAACUCGAGCGACCGCUUCAAGCAUACGCGCACCCACUACGUGGACAAGCCCUACUACUGCAAGAUGCCUGGCUGCCUCAAGCGCUACACGGACCCCAGCUCGCUGCGCAAGCACAUCAAGGCCCACGGCCACUUUGUCUCCCACGAGCAGCAGGAGCUCCUGCAACUGCGCCCACCCCCCAAACCGCCACUGCCCACUCCCGACGGCGGCCCCUAUGUCAGUGGGGCCCAGAUCAUCAUCCCCAGCCCUGCUGCCCUCUUUGGAGGCCCUGGUCUGCCAGGCCUGCCCCUGCCCCUGGCCCCUGGCCCCCUUGACCUCAGCACCUUGGCCUGUGGCAGUGGUGGGGGCGGUGGGGGCGCAGGGGGCAUGGGCCCUGGGCUGCCAGGCCCUGUCCUGCCCCUUAAUCUGGCCAAGAACCCACUGCUGCCCUCGCCCUUUGGGGCUAGCGGACUGGGCCUGCCUGUGGUCUCCCUCCUUGCUGGCUCCGCUGGCGGUAAGGCUGAGGGGGAGAAGGGGUGUGGGGCUGUGCCCGCUAGGGUGCUGGGCAUGGAGGGCCGCAAGACACCCCUUGAGAGGACUGAAAGCAGUCGUCCCCGGCCAGGCCCCGAUGGACUCCCCCUGCUGCCGGGCACCGUGUUGGACCUGUCCACAGGGGUCAACUCAACAGCCAGCAGCCCAGAGGCCCUCACUCCCGGCUGGGUGGUCAUCCCACCCGGCUCUGUGCUGCUCAAACCAGCUGUGGUGAACUGAACCCGCCGCCCGGACGGCUCCCCAGCCCAGUUAGCAGCUUGCGGGCCUGCCUCUGACGAACAGAAGCUCUUCUGUGAAAUAGCAAUAAUGUCCUCUUG